AUGGCGGAGGAAUCCGCCACGGCGCUACAUGGACUGGUGGAUGAAUUCGAGAGGCACACUAAGGUACUAAAGCAACUGGGGGAACCAACCGAUGCAUGGAGCACAAUGCUGGAGCAUCUGUUAUGCACCAGACUUCACAAUGAAACGCUCAGAUUAUGGGAGGACCAUGCGUCUACGCUACCAGACCCUACGUACACGAACCUCAUCGAAUUUUUGCAACGUCGAAUUAGAGUGCUGGAAUCCAUUUCGGUGAACUGUGAUGCUGUUCAAUCUAUUUCAGGUUCACAUACUGCUCCAAUGGUUAAGCAUGGACCUUCCGAUAAAAAUGGAAAAUCAUCGCAUCUGAAAAUGGUCGCACAUGCCGUUCAACGCAAUCUCAUCGGUCUGGUUACUGCUGACUUACCUGAGAGGAACAUAUCCAUUGCUGACUGGAAUAUUCCCAAGGAUCUUUUCUUGGCUGAUCCUACCUUCAACGAACGAGGUCCAUUCGACAUGAUUAUUGGUUUUUCACACUUUUUUGACUGUUUUAGAUCACCAGCACGAAUUCGCAUUGCAAGGGACCUUUCCGAGAUGGUGGACAGUGUCUUUGGAUGGAUUGUGGCUGGAUCUAGUGAUUUGAUUCCUGCUUCCCCGGAAACCGUGCAGUGCAACGUGACUGCUAUUUGUCUUACCACACUCGAAGAAAGUUUGGAACGGUUCUGGAAAGUGGAGGAAUUACCUUCGCGCGAUAAUUACUCGGCGGAGGAACGCGAAUGUGAAAAUUUAUACACGUCGACCGUGACAAGAGAUCACAGCGGGCGCAACAUAGUUCGUCUACCACGGCAUCCUGAAUUCGAUAGCAUGUUGGGCGAAUCCAAAGCUGCUGCACUGCGAAGAUUUAAGCUGUUGGAGCAGAGAUUAGAACGCGAAGCGGAAAUGAAGGAGGAGUACCAUCGAUUCAUGCGUGAGUACAUUUCACUUGGUCAUAUGCGAUUGCUCGGUAUGAACCAGCACCCCUACGGCAAUUUUUAUCUUCCUCACCACCCCGUCGUAAAGGAAUCCAGCACCACGACAAAGGUGCGUGUAGUCUUCGAUGGUUCAGCAAAAUCUACUUCUGGAGUAUCGUUGAACGAGGCACUUCUCACUGGACCGGUUGUGCAGGACGACUUACUGUCAAUUGUCCUCCAAUUUCGGAAAUUUCCUGUGGCACUAGUGGCUGACAUCGAGAAAAUGUACCGGCAAGUUCUAAUUCACCCUGAGGAUACACCUUACCAACGCAUCCUGUGGCGAUUUAACGAGUCUGACCCAAUACAAACCUACGAGUUACUAACCGUCACUUACGGUUUAGCGCCAUCUUCUUUCCUGGCUACGAGAACACUCCAGCAGCUGGCCGACGACGAAGGGACUGCGUACCCGCUGGCUGAUCCUAUAUUACGCAAGAAUUUUUAUGUAGAUGAUUGCCUCGGAGGCGCGCAAUCAGUUGAUGAAGCCUUGCAGCUGCGACACGAAUUGACCGAACUGUUGAGCAAAGGCGGACUCACCUUACGAAAGUGGACAUCGAACAAACUAGAGGUACUGCAGGGACUGUCAUCAGAACAAAUUGGAACGCAAUCAUCAUUUGUAUUUGCACCGCAUGAAUCUGUAAAGGCUCUGAGAAUCGGCUGGGAGCCUGAGACAGAUGAGCUACGUUUCGAAUCGAAAAUUCUUUUCGAUCCGCUAGGAUUAAUUGCCCCUGUGGUCAUUCGGGGUAAAAUGUUUAUGCAGGAGUUGUGGUUGGCCCACUGCGAUUGGGAUCAGCCUGUGCCGAACGCUAUACAAGAAAAAUGGAAAACCUAUCAUCAUGACCUAGCCGGCAUAGCAGAAUACCGCAUCGACCGUUAUGCAUUUCUACCCAAUGCGAAAGUUCAGCUACACACCUUUUCGGAUGCAUCUGAAAGUGCCUACGGAGCUUGUUUACGCGCGAUCUACAGACACGCAUGGCUCGAGCUGUGUGCAGCAGAAAUUGCAUCGCAGCUGUAUGCACACGUUAAAACCGCUCUGCAACUGGAAAUUUCGGAUGCCCGCUUUUGGUCGGAUUCUACCGUCACGAUUCAGUGGUUGCAAGCGCCAUCUCGUACAUGGAAGACGUUUGUUGCCAACCGGGUAUCUAAGAUACAAACCCUGACACACGGCUAUCGAUGGACUCAUAUACCAGGGAAGGACAAUCCCGCUGACUUGGUUUCCCGAGGAAUGGCAGUUGGCGAAUUUGUAUCGAGUGAGUUGUGGAAGUAUGGACCAACUUGGCUUCGGUUACCUGAAGGAAAAUGGCCUGCACCUCUCCCGCUGCAUGAACCAGUCGACAACAUCGAAGCCCGGAAGGUAGUUGCUACAAUGGUUCGCGCUAAACCGGCUGUUAAUUCCAUAUUUCUUCGGUACUCGUCAUUCACGCUGCUUGUACGAGUCACUGCUCAUUGUCUGCAAUUUAUUCGUCUGACACGGCUAAAAGCUCGAACCAAUCCACAAUCCAGACCAGGUACCAGCCAGCUUUUGUCUGUAACGCAAUUAGAAGAAGCAAAAGUGCGAUUAAUCCAGAUUGCCCAAGCAGAUGAAUUCAGCCAGGAGAUUAAAGAACUUCAAGCGCAAAAACCGCUACAUAAACAAUCGCAAAUUCGUGCACUUAAUCCUUUCAUAGACCAGCAAGGAACUAUCAGAGUGGGGGAGAGGUUGAGACUGUCUGACCAGCCAUAUUCCUAUAAACAUCCAUCCCUUUUGCCCAGCUUUCACCCACUGUCCAAAUCAAUCGCCAAAUUCUACCAUCUGAAACUGCUACACGGUGGUGGCCAACUAACACUUGCCGCCAUGCGCGAAACAUAUUGGCCAGUUCGAGGCAAACGACUUGUGAGAAGUGUGAUUAGAAAUUGCCUCCCAUGUUUACGAGCCAAUCCCGUUCCGGCCCAACAACGCACAGGUCAACUUCCGAUACCCCGUGUUACACCGAGCCGACCGUUCACCGUUACCGGUGUUGAUUAUGCCGGUCCCGUCUACUUGCGCCCUCCACAUAAGCGCGCAUCCCCAACGAAAGCCUACAUCUGCAUCUUCGUUUGUUUCUCAACUAAAGCCGUCCACAUUGAGUUGGUUUCGGAUCUCACUACUUCGGCCUUUUUAGCAGCAUUUCGACGUUUUUUCUCUCGCAGAGGAUUGCCGGCGCACGUACACUCCGACAACGGUAAAAAUUUCGAAGGGGCGCGAAACGAAAUAACCGAGCUGUACCUCUGGUUGAACAGCAAACGAAACAGAGAAGGGAUCGAAACAAACCUAGCCAGCAAUGGCGUAACGUGGCAUAUGACACCCCCCAAGACACCCCACUUCGGUGGCCUUUGGGAGGCAGCGGUAAAAAGUGCGAAAAAACAUCUGCAUCGGCAAUUAGCGAACACUCGUCUGUCUUUCGAAGACAUGGCAACGGUUUUGACACAAAUCGAAGCUAGCAUGAACUCGCGACAGCUAACACCACUUACCGAGGACCCUAACGAUUUUUCUGCGUUGACACCGGCGCACUUCUUGGUGGGAACCACACUGCAUGCGCUGCCAGAACCAGACCUGCGAUGCCUUCCGAUCAACCGCCUGGAUCACUAUCAACAGCUACAGCAAAUACAUCAGCAGUUUUGGCACAGGUGGAGAACCGAAUAUUUGCACGAGCUCCAGAAGGAUCACAAGAUUUGCCAGGCAAAUGAAGAUAUCGUCCCCGGUCGCUUGGCACUUGUCGUAGAUGAGCUUCAAGUACCGCUGAAAUGGCCACUGGCUAGGAUCGUCGGUGUUCAACCUGGUGCGGAUAAACUUGCUCGAGUUGUCAUCCUAAGAACGAGCAAAGGUAUCAUUAAGAGGCCGAUCGUCAAAGUCUGCUUAUUGCCUAUUGAUGCUGCUGAAACUCCUGUUCCAGAGCCUGCCGCCGAGAUGGACAUCCAGCAAAACGACACCUUGGAGAAAAAUCAGUAA